UCAGCACCUCAUUUAUCCGGUGAUGAUAUAUACAUGAGUUUGGCAUAAUUAAUUUAGUUUUUGGAAUUACUUAGAAAGAAGAAGAAGAGAUUUCAUCAAUAUUUGUCUUCCUCUCUAUCAAGUGUCAGUCAUAGGAGACUGGGAAGCAGUGGAAAAGAUCCUAGCCAUUAAUCGUGAAUUCAAAGAUGACUUACUAGGGUAUAGUAUCACAGAAGAUAAGGAUACAGUGUUAGAAUCUAGAAGUGAACCAUCAAACAUGAAUCAAUGAAAAUCUAGUCGACCGGAUGACAGAUCAGCAACUCACACUUCAAGAUGAACAUGGCCGAACCGCCCUUCAUAUCGCAGCUGCAGUUGGAAACGUCGAUAUGGCAAUGGCUAUGGUUGGAAAGCAUCCGCAACUGCUGAAAAUCCGUAAUGGUGUCAACGCGCUGCCAAUCUAUGUGGCUGUUAUAUAUGGAAAACAUGAUAUGGUUGCUUAUCUCUAUGAUGAGUACAAAAGUAUGGCAGGUUAUAAUUGGACAGUCGACGACAUAAGUAACGUUUUAUGGAGAUGCAUCGAGGCUGAUCUCUUUGAUUGUGCAAUAAGAAUAUUGGAUGACCAAGGCGACCUAUUUGGAUUCCCUUCAAGAGUGUAUGCACGAGAGAUACUCUACAUAUUGGCUCAAAAGACUUAUGUGUUUAAAUGUAUCAAGUUAUGGAAAAAUUCAAAUGUACGUUACUUGCAGUCACUUGGGUGCGACCUGCCAUAAGGGAAAGUAGUGUAGCCCCAG